GUGGCUAAAUAGAGAUUUAAAAAGUGAACUAUUGUUUGAAAGACCGUUAAAUUGUAACUAAAUAAUCUGUUUAAAAUCCGAAGUUAUUAUUUAAGAUAUAAUGGAAAUAUAUACAUUUGAUAAAUGUCUUCAAGAAAGACUUGCAGAAUUUAUAAAUAUUCUGUCUAACCGUGGAGUUAUUGUUCCUGCAUCACAAAUUCAUGCGGAAUGGGCAUAUCAUAUAGAACUUGUUCUUGAACCAGUAGGAUGGCAGGGACUUUGGAAAAUUCCUCGCUUAACUUGCCAAGAUUUUUCAGUACACUAUCCAACUAUUGUUGCUGUAGAAAUAGAAAAUGUAGAUUUUCAAGAACUCUCAGCAUUAGUGAAAAUUAUUGCAGUACAAGAUGACAUUCAUUUACCAGCACGAUACGAUGUACCUUUAAUAGAACUUUAUCCAACAAAAGACCAAAACAAUGCAGUUUUAGAUAUAGUUGCUACAGCAGAAUGCAUAGACCAAUUACGAUUUUUCUAUAGUUAUUUGUGGAUGCCUUGGGAUAUAGAUGAAGAUGAAAUUUCAGACUGGGUUAACAAUCAUUUAGAAACUAGACUUAGAUUAUUUUUUGAUAUGAAAAGGGGAAUAAUGUGUAAAAAAACAUGCGAAUUAGUUAGGACUUUAAUGAGAGAAGGUCGUGAUAUUCAAGCAAAAAUUAGCAAGUUAGAAUUAGAAAUUUCAGAUGAUGAAGAUGACAAUCAGAAAGAUUUAGACGAGGGUAAAGCGUGUCAAUUAAUGAAAUUGCAUUUUCGUCUUCAACAAAUAAGAACCGAGAUGGAAGUUUUAGAAAAUCCAGCAAUGAGAGAAGUGCUUGUUAAAAAUCAAAAUUUUAAUGGUAAUGAAAUUGAAUUAAAACGGAGAGAAAGUAGAGGAGGAAAAAUCGAAGCCCAUUUUGUAUGGCUCGGUGGAUCAGUAGAAGAAACAAUAAAGGUUUUGGAAUCAACUAAAAAUUAUCUUCCAUCUAAUAUAUUUAUGAAGACUUCUAAUUGUUUACAAGAUGCUUUGGAUAUAUCAGACAAAGGAGACAUUAUUAUUGUUGGUAAAGGGGAACAUGAAAUUAGAGGUGCUGGAAACUUGGAAGAAGGAGGGAUAUUAAGAGGUAUAAGUAAUGUAGAAUCAACAGUUAUAUUUCCAAAAGAAACUGAAAGUGGACCAUCAUUGUUAGAUUUUUCUGGAAAAGAAGUUCUUUUAGAAAACAUUACAAUAGACCUGAAAGAUUUACAAGCUGGAAUUCUUGUAAGAAAAGGAUUAUUGAAAUUAAUUAAUUGUCGUAUUAUUGUAUUCAAUCAAAGUGUAAUUAAACUUGGAAUUGUAAUUUUUCCUGGUGCCAAAUUAAUUGCAAAUAAUACCUACUUUACUGGUUUAGGAACAUGUAUUGUAGUUCAUACUUUAGCUGAAGUAAUUUUAUCUGAAUGCAGUUUUGAAAAUUGUAUCGAAGGACUUCAGCUUAAUAACAAUUCAAAAUUAUCAGCUGAUAAUUGUAUUUUUUCAAAUUGUAAAGAAUAUGGUAUUCGAAAAGAAAUGGACUAUCUGAAUAAUUCUAAAGGUCAAGUUGGAGAUAUAGAUAUUUUACAAAACUUACCUGAUAUUUCAUUACAAAAUUGUAGAUUUGAAAAUAAUAUUAAAGGAAAUGUAAUUUUAAAACCAUCUUCAAAUACGGUUUUACCCAUGAAAAUAGAAAGUAAUGAUUUUAAAUAAAA